UCUAGUUCUUCUAAAACUUUUCCAGCAUCUCUCAGAGCUUCCCUUUCCAGAAUUUUCACAGCAUAUUUGAUAUUUUUUCAUUUGAGCUUAUCAUCAGGUUGGAGGUUUCUGUUUCCUUUAGAUUACAAGAGAGGAAGCCAACCAGCUUUUUCUAGCAAAGCUUGAUCAGUCUCUAGACUUUACAGAGGCGAAAGAGAGGUGUGGGGUUGGUGUUAGUGGGAGAGAGAGAGAGAGAGAGAGAGAGAGAGAGAGAGAGAGAGGAUAAGAAAGAAGAGUUUUGGACCUGCAAGAACUAGUGGUGCUCAAACAAAGGGGGUAGUGUGGGGGUGGGUUUUGGUCAAGUAAUGCGCUCAGGAGCUUGUACAGUGCAGCAGACCCUCACCGCAGAGGCUGCUUCAGUGUUGAAGCAUUCUCUUAGCUUGGCAAGGAGGAGAGGCCAUGGACAGGUCACUCCUCUUCAUGUUGCUGCCACCUUGCUAAGCUCACGAGCUAGUCUUUUAAGAAGGGCUUGUCUCAAAUCUCAGCCUCACCAAUCUUCUCAUCCUCUCCAGUGCAGAGCUCUUGAGCUUUGCUUUAAUGUCGCACUCAACAGGCUGCCAACAACUCCUGGUCCUUUACUUCAUGGCCAGCCCUCUCUUUCCAAUGCUUUGCUUGCUGCACUAAAACGAGCACAAGCUCAUCAGAGAAGAGGCUGCAUCGAGCAACAGCAACAACAGCUUCUCGUGACCAUCAAGGUUGUGUUAGAACAGCUUAUAAUUUCUAUUUUAGAUGAUCCUAGCGUUAGUAGGGUUAUGAGAGAAGCUGGGUUCUCUAGUACUGCUGUGAAGAACAAUAUAGAGGACUCUUCAGCUUCUUCUGUGUUUCAGUGUUACACCACAACAGGUGGUGGUGUUUUCUCUUCACCUUGUUCACCUUCCCCUGGUGAAACUCAGAGAGAGAUAAUCAACCCUACUACUUUCUGGCAAACCCAUUUCUUAACUUACACUUCUGAGCAAACCCCACUUCUCUUUUCUCCACAAAAGAAGCUCACAAGCAACUAUUUCACAGAUUCAAUUUCUGUGAAGGAAGAUAUCAAGUUGAUAUUGGAGGUUUUUUUGAGAAAGAAGAGAAAGAAUACUGUUAUAGUAGGUGACUGUGUGUCCAUAACAGAAGGACUUGCCGGAGAGCUGAAGGAAAGGAUAGAGAGAGGAGAGGCUCCAGUGGAGUUGAAACAUACGCAGUUUGUUAAAUUUCAAUUUGCACCAGUUUCCUUGAGGUUCAUGAAGAAAGAAGAUGUGGAAAUGAACAUCUCUCAACUGAAAAUGAACGUGGAUUCUGCUGGAGAAGGUGGGACCAUUAUUUACACGGGAGACCUGAAAUGGACAGUUGAAGAAAGUGUAAUCAAUGGAGAGGACUCAGCUGCUGCUGGUUAUAGUCCGGUUGAUCAUCUAGUGACCGAAAUAGGAAGAUUACUCUCAGAUUAUAGCAGCUCAAACACUAAGGUAUGGUUAAUGGCUACUGCAAGUUAUCAGACAUACAUGAGGUGCCAGAUGAGACAACCUCCUCUGGAGAUACAAUGGGCCCUUCAAGCUGUUUCAGUUCCCUCAGGCGGACUGGGUUUGGGCCUCCAUGGUUCCAGCAUCAAUGUCUCAAGGGUAACCUUCUCCCAGAGCCCAUCUCAAUUACUUGAAACAAAACCCAUCAUUAGCAAUAGCAAGGAAGAGCAAGAUAAGCUAUUUUGCUGUCCACAAUGCACCUCCAGUUAUGAAAAAGAAGCUCAGCUCUUAAAAUCAGGGCAGCAGAAAAAUUUACCACCUUGGCUCCAUCCACAAGGCACUAAUGCCAAUCAAGAGGAUAAAUUGGUUGAAAUGAGAAGAAAAUGGAAUGGAUUCUGCCAGGGAUUAAAACACCAAGGAAGGCAAAUUCAAACCCAUUUAGAUUCCAUUACUUUGUACAACAACAACACUAAUCAGUGGCUAAUGGGAAAGAGCUAUUCAUAUGCUUCACCAUACCCUUGGUGGCCAAGCCAAAACAUCUUCUCAGAUUCAAGUCCAAUCUCAUUUGCAGACUCAGUUUUGAAGCCUAACCAGGCUUCCAGUUUUGUGCCUAAAUUUAGACGUCAACAGUCUUGCACUAUUGAUUUCAACUUUGGAAAUGGAACCCAAAAGCACCUGCAGUACUCAGGAGAACCAAAUUUGGAUUCUCUCAAAAACACUCAGGGUAAGGAAGUAAAGAUCACACUUGCCCUUGGCAAUUCUUUCAUCUCUGAUAUUGGGGAAAGAGACAGAGGAAGAAGUAAUUUGCGCAAGUUAUUGCGAGACAAUGUGCCUUGGCAAUCUGAAAUCAUUCAUUCUAUAGUAGAAGCUUUGGUUGAAUCCAAAUCAACUGGAAAAGGGACUUGGCUGCUGAUCCAAGGCAAUGACACAUUGGGAAAAAGAAGACUGGCCCUUGCAAUUGCUGAAUCUGUUUUGGGUUCUGUUGAUUUGCUACUCUACAUAAACAUGAGGAAAAAGGAUAAUAAGGUAACCCCAAGUUCUGAGACAAUAGAAAAAGCUUUAAGAAAUCAAGAAAAGAUUGUUGCUUUGGUGGAAGAUGUUAAUUUUGCUGAUACCCAGUUCAUGGAACUCCUUGCUGAUGGAUUUGACACUGGAAAGUUUGGAGAAUCAGGAAACCAAGCAAUAUUCAUUUUGACAACAGGUGGUAAUUUAAUUAGCUGUGAAGAUGGGAAGAUGGAUCAAGAUUCUGUUGUCAGGAUGACCCUGGAGGUGAAGGAAACAACACCUCCAAACAAGAGACAAGCUGAGUGGGAUAUUUCAGGAAACAACAAGACUCCAAGGACCAAUGAAAACAAAGAAGUUAAAAAUGGAAAUAAGAAAAAAGACUACUCAAGGCAGUCAAGCUUCAACACACUUGAUCUCAACAUCAAGGCCAGUGAGGAUGAUGAAAGAGAAGAAAAACCUGCGGAAUUUAGCCCCAUUUCGAGCUACUUGUCUCGUCAGAACACUUUAGAUCCUGUUACUCCAAAUUGGUUUCUUGAUUCGAUCAGGAACCGGUAUGUUUUCGAUCAAAAUGAAGCUCAGCACAGGGAAAUGACAGAGGGUUUCUCAUCCAAGAUGAAAAGGUGUAUGGAGGAAGUUUUUGGGGAUCAAAAUGUAAAUGGUUUUAGCAUUGAAAAGAGGGUAUUAGAAGAGGUAUUAGAUGGAUAUGGUUCUUUUGUUAACAGUUUGCUUGAAAGAUGGCUAAAAGACAUCUUUCAAACAACCUUACAAAGAGUUAAAAUUGAAGGGAAAGAGGGUGUGGGGAUUAGGCUUUGUUUUGAAGGUAGAAAUGAGAGAAUUUUGGAGGAUGGAUUCAUGGGUACAUGUCUUCCCAACAAAAUUCAAAUUUCCUUCAUGGACUGACUAAAACUUGAAGUCUUCUUUUGUAAAAAUCCAUUACCACCAAAAUAUCCUGUGUAACGGCUAAUUUUCAUAUUAGAUUGUGUUUUGCUUUCCCA